UUUUUUUUAGGGCCACACCCAUGACAUAUAGAAUUUCCCAGGCUAGGGGUCCAUGCCACAGCCUCAGCAACGCCAGAUCCAAGCUGCAUCUGUGAACUAUACCACAGCCCACAGCAACGCCAGAUCCUUAAGCCACUGAGCGAGGCCAGGGAUCAAACCUGCGUCCUCAUGGAUGCUAGUUAGAUUCGUUUCCGCUAAGGCACCACGGGAACUCCCCUAUUUUAAUUUUUAAUGGCUGCACUCACAGCAUAUGGAAGUUCCUCCCAGGGCAGCUGCAGCAACGCCAGAUCCUUUAUCCCAUUGUGCCUGGCCUGGAGGCAAACCCGUACCUCCACAGCGACCUGAGCCGCUGCAGUGGCAUUCUCAACCCACUGUGCCACAGUGGGAACUCCUCUCGCGCAUUUAUCAACACCUUCCUGUGGAAUUCCAGGCCAUUUGCCUUACCCUUCUGAUCCUGCUUUUGACCCAUUAGAACAUGCUGAGAGGACAACACCUGAGCAACUGCUACUUGAAGAGUCAAUGGGCUGGGGUGUAAAAGAAAACAGAGAUGGCAGAGUCAUAGGUCACACUGCCAAGGAGGGGAUGAAGAGGGAAUGGAGAAGCCUUAAGACCUGUCCUCUCCUAGGCUCUAAGCGAAGUUAAAUCAACCUGCUGGAGAGAAUGAAUGACUCACGUCUGCACAGUGUAGCAGAAUCAGAAGCUGACAUUGCGCAGGCGCAGUGAGGAAGCAAAGAUUGCCCGCCUGGCUGGCUAUGCCGCCUCCUUUAGACAAGGGCCACGGGGAGACGUCAGUACCGUACUCCACUCAAAGAACCUCCUUCCUGUGCUCUCUCUUCCUCAUGAAGUCCUCAGACCACUAGGAAAGGUCUCGGAACCCGCUUCUGAGGCCGUCGGGCCGACCCCUCGUUGCCAAACACCCAGGGCCGGGUCGAACCUGGAAAGCUGGUGGUGCCAGCCUCGGGAGAGAGGCCAAGACCGGAAGAGUCGCCAGGUCGCUCGGGAACGGCCCUCCUCGCUCCAGUUCUCACCUCUUUGUCCGCCGCCUUCUCCCCGAUACCUAGCAGCGCGUACAGAUCCAUCUACCCUGUUACGCCGGGAACCAGGAUGGAGAGUAGGUGCUACGGCUGCGCUGUCAAGUUCACCAUCUUCAAAAAGGAGUACGGCUGUAAGAACUGUGGCCGGGCGUUCUGUUCCGGCUGCCUUAGCUUCAGUGCAGUGGUGCCCCGGGCUGGAAACACGCAACAGAAAGUCUGCAAGCAGUGCCAUGAGGUCCUGACCAGAGGAUCUUCUCCUGCCAAUGCCUCCAAGUGGUCACCACCUCAGAACUAUAAGAAGCGUGUGGCAGCCUUGGAAGCCAAGCAGAAGCCCAGCACUCCCCAGAGCCAUGGACUGACCCAGCAAGACCAAGUCAUUGCUGAGCGCCUAGCACGGCUCCGCCGGGAGAACAAGCCCAAGUCAGUGCCCUCUCAGGCAGAGAUAGAAGCGAGGCUAGCUGCACUGAGGGAUGAACCCCAGGGUUCCAUCCCUGCCACCCGGGAGAUGGAAGCACGGCUUGCUGCACUGCAGGAUAGAGUUCCAUCUUCUCAGACCCCUCAGUGGACACAUCAGCCACCAGACACUAGGACCCAGGCCCAGCAGGCACAGGAUCUGCUGACACAGUUAGCAGCGGAGGUGGCUAUUGAUGAGCACCGGGAACGAGGAAGCCCAGCUGCCUCUACCCAGAAUGACCUCAACCAGGGGGGCCCAAGGGCCCAGAGUGCCAGUUCUGAGGGGCAAGCCACCGGGUCCCUGGAGGAGGAGAAGAGCAGGCUUCUGGCUGAGGCAGCAGUCGAACUUCGGGAGGAGAACACAAGGCAGGAGCGGAUCUUGGCCCUUGCCAAGCGCCUGGCUGUGCUUCGAGGAGAGGACCCAGAUAAAGUGACCCUCCAGGACUAUCACCUUCCGGACAGUGAUGAUGAAGAGGAUGAGGAGACAGCCAUCCAGAGAGUCCUGCGGCAGCUCACUGAAGAAGCUGCCCUGGAUGAGGCAAGUGGCUUUAACAUCCCUGCAGAGCCAAAUCUCCAACCCCAAGCCCAAUCCAGCAGGGUAGAGCCUAAGGCCCAGGCCAUGGCCCCCAGGCCUGAGGCUGAGGAAGAGGAGCUCCCCUGGUGCUGUAUCUGUAAUGAGGAUGCCACGCUGCGCUGUGCUGGCUGUGAUGGAGACCUCUAUUGUGUUCGCUGCUUCCGGGAAGGCCACGAUGCUUUUGAACUUAAAGAGCACCAGACAUCUGCCUACCACCCCUUGCACAAAGGGCGAGAGCACUGAGGGAACCCUGGUCCUCCCGGGAAGGCCAUCCUACAGGCAGUCACACAGGCCGGGGCACCCACCAGCGCAUCUGAUGGGAGAGCACAUCAGGCUAGACUGCUUACCGGGAGUUCCCUGGUGGCUCAGCAGGUGAAGGAUCCAGUGUUUUCACUGCUGUGGCUUGGGUCACUACUGUGCUGUGGGUUUGAUCCCUGGUCCUGGAACUUCCGCAUGCCAAGAAUGCAGCCAAAAAAAAAAAAAAAAAAAAAAAAAAAAGAGCUAGACUGCUUGUGAAUGUGUCCUUUCCUGAGCCUCUGUGUCCCUUGAAAGAGGAAGGACUCUCCAUUUAACAGUGACUAGAGAAGCCAGAGGAAAGCAAGAAGUUGGGAGCUUUCCCGCAUUGACAUCUGGACUGGGAGUGAGAGGCAUGCUGGGAGGAGACCAAGCUGAAUCUAAGGAGGAGCCCUAAAACUUGCUCAAGGGCCCAGGGCUCUCUGCUGGCACUUAGGGGAUCUAAUAAAGUAUGUUGAUUCCUUGGA